UUUUUACAGUUUGGCCUUGGAGCGAAUUCCUGUCUUUUAAUAAGCACGAAGACGGCGAGAAUUACAACGAAAACAUGGGUUUUUAUCAUUUUUCUUUUCAGGUAGGCACUUUUUCCGAGGCAGGUGUUGUUGAUAACUUUAAGAAGAGAAGAGCAUCAUUCAUCCCCGACGUACUGUUUAAGCAUUCACUGGUCUUGACGAUAAAUAAUUUGUCUUUAUUUCUUUAUUGCAGUCUCCUUGUUCUUCUUCGCCUUGUCAAAACGGAGGAACCUCCCUUCCGAAUUACAAGUACAACUCUUUCGACUGUCUCACUGAACAAGGCUUCAUAGUAUGA